GGACACUUUCCCCCAAAUCCCCACACUCCUCACCUCCCCCCGUGCUGAGCAGAGCUAGGGUUUCCGGGCUAGCUCCUCGUUCUCCGGCGGCGGGAUGGGUGGCGCCGCGACGGCCAGGCCCGAGCACCGGCGCGAGCUCCGUGCUCGUCUGCUUCCGCCGCGCCACGGCCUCCAGGGGACGGCACCGCUGCCGAUCCACGACGAGCUCGUGGAAGAGAUCUUUCUCCUGCUGCCCACGCCAACCGAUCUGAUCCGCGCCUCCGCCGCCUGCGUCUCCUUCUACCGUCUCGUCGCCAGUCGCUCCUUCCUCCGGCGCUUCCGCAAGCUCCAUGCCCCGCCCCUCCUCGGCUUCCUCGAUCACGGCCGAGAAUUCAUCCCCGCAAUCCGGCCUCAUCCGUCCGCGCCCGCAGCCGACGCCGUCGCCCUCGCCGCCGACUUCUCCUUGUCCUUCCUCACCAGAGAUCCCUACUUCACCCACGCCCACUACUGGGACAUCGAGGACGUCCGCAACGGCCGCGUCCUCAUCAGCAGACAUCCCUUCCAUGAUCUUUCCCUGGCAGUGUGCGACCCCUUGCACCGGCGGUACCUCCUGCUUCCCCCAAUCCCUGAAUUCGAGGGCUGGGCUUCACUGUACAACCUAAGGACAGGAUGGCAGACCUUCCUUGGCGACGAGGAGGAGGCCGUGGAAGAGACAUCAUUCACAGUCGUCUCGAUCUCACAGUGGGGAAAUUGGCUGGGAGCAAUCAUGUUCUCAUCCAGCACUGGACAAUGGCGGCCUAGUCCAUGGAUUGAAGGAUUUGCCUUCUUCAACCAGUGCCGGUACGCGUAUGGCUGCUUCUACGGGGUGACAGAGUGCAGGCAAAAGUUGCUGGUGCUAGACACACGGAAAAUGGAGUUCUCUCUUGCUGACCUCCCACCUGAAGCGAGAGGUUCUUCGGAACGUGAUGUGGAUAUUGCCUUUGUGGAAGCAGGGGAAGGCAUCACUGGGAUGUUUGUGCAUCCGGGUCACACAUAUAAUAGCAUCAGUUAUCUAAUUAAGCGAAACAAUGGUGAGAGUUCCAGCGAGUGGAGGUUGGAGAAGACAAUCCCACUGGAUUUUACUGGGUCCAGGUUCAUGGGUUCAAGCGGAAGGUACUUGCUUCUGCGUUGUUGGCGAGAAUUCCCUUCACCCGAUCUAGGCACUUUCACGCUGGACAUCAAAACAUUCCAGUUUGAGAGGGUCGCAUCACAGUAUGGGCCAUAUAUAUAUAUAGCAACUUCCCACCGUCGUUGCUGUCGUCACCUACAAUAUCAAGUGGUGUUGAGAACGAGGCUGAGGAGAUGGUGGAACAAGGCCGUACUGCAAGUUCAAGCGCAUAGAGCAGGGUUACAAAAAGCGGUUGAAGCAAAUGCUGGAGGUCAGGCUUAUGCGUUGAUGAUUCAAGAUGGUGCUGAGGUUGUGAUGCGAACUCGACAAUUGACCACUAAGUUGGUCCACCUUUGGGUCUGUUUUGUCUAUAAUGUUGUCAUCCGGAAGGACAGAACCAGCUGGUCUGUACUCGUUGGCCUUGAUCCGACAAUGAUAGUUGUGUCAGUUUGUCACACAUAGUUCCUGCUGAAUUAUAUGGUUAACUAUAAGAUUGUAUGAAGUCGGACUUGGUGUGAUUUUGUUGUAUGUGGAAAUUAUCCUGCCGUUGUUGUCAGCAUA